AUGGUUGCAUUUACGUUGUUUGCUUCGUUUUUGAAAGUAGCUUGCGAGCAGACGAACACUUUUAAAGGAUGCUAUUGUAACGUUAGUGCUUUCAAACACCAAGCUGUAUUCGCCGAUUUGAUGCGCAACCUAACUCCUCAUUCAGUUCGGAUUGCUGGUACUGGUACCACUUUAAAAAUUAUGAAAACUAUUAAUAACGAUGAUUAUCAUUAUUUGAAUGGUGUUUCAGCUGGUAAGAAAGCUGUUUCAUCAAUCUUUAGGACCAUUGCUGAUGGAGCUAUAGAAGGAAAUCGGUCAACCACAUACAAACUACAACUUAGCAAAGCUGCAAUUGCUGCGGAAAAUAAAUCAAUCAAUUUCUGCAAUCCAUGUAAAGAAUAUACUGACAUCAACUCAGAUGAUGAUGGUGGAGGUGUUGUGAAUAGAAAAGCAUUGAAUUCAAUGAAUUUCGUACCAUCUACAAAUGAUAUUGAUUAUGGCAGUGAUGCUAAAAGUUUUGCUAAAUCCCAACUAAAGCAAUUUACUACAUCUACCCUAGUGGCACAAAAUGACUCUAAAGACAUUUGGAGCAUAUUGACAUGGUUUAAGGCCGAUUUAUGAAAUACCAUUAAAGGCAGAAGUCCUUAAACAUAUUUGGCUGCUGCCUCUAUUGCCGCUACUAGUGUUAAACGUGCUGCUGCUGCCUAAAUAUACACAAUGGUUGGCACUCAGAUCUGCAAGCGAUACAGGAUAAGAUGACUUACUUGAUGAUUGAUAUGCUUUCAAGCAAAAGCCCUGUUGGUUCUGGUUGGGUGGUAGCAAUGAAUUCUCCACGAACGGGCAAUUCCGUUGUGCACAGACUAAU